AACAAUGGAACCGCCUGUAAAGGUUGAAUAUUGAUAGAACAUUCUCAUCAUUUGUUGUCAAUGUCUUUUUCCCGUCACUGUAUUUCUUUCACCUGCGCACGUCACACCGUCAUUAAUAUUUUGACGUCCUUUUAUUCUUCAAUGGUUUCUAGAGGCAGUUUGACGUAAAUUUCAUCCCGAGAGGUAGAGAGAGAGAGAGAGAGAGAUGAAGGAGAGAGAGAGAUUUACUUGUUAAUGCUGAAUUUUGGUGGCAGCGCGCGCUCAAUGGGGUCACGAGGGACCGAACAAACUCCGCGCGAGCGACCUGUGCGAUGCUCUCGCGCUCUAUAAAGUCCUUCACUCGGCGUUCACCGGAGAGGUACCCACCUGCCCAAAGACACGUUUAAAUUUUCGAUUUUUUUUUUUUAAAGAUUCCUGACUCAACCCUGAAACUUCUUGAGUCUGUGAGGGGGUCAAAAUGAGCUCCUCGCUUCCAAAAAGCGAAUCCACCACAUCCCUGAUCAAAACCAACCGGAGAGUCCGCGCGGACCCCGCGAGCCACCGCAACGGUCACCGGCACACGGGAGGCGGCAGCGGAGACUCGUGCUGGACCGAAGAGUGCGAUGCCACCGCCAGGAGACCCCUGUGCCAACCGAAACACGGACGAAAGACGGAGAAGGUCCAGAAUCUCCGCGGUCAGGAUGGAUAUUAUCAGGAGGAUGGACCGGAACACCGCAAACCAUCACGGCACCACCACACCACUGACCCUCCUCUCCAACUCCACGGGAAUCCCCGCACCAGCCGAACGCCUUCGCCGACUUCAUCCCUCUCCAAGCGCUCGGAGGAAGCCGCGCUGUUCUUUGAAACGAAGGACAAACGUCAGACCCUCACCUUCAGUCCACCUCCAGCGCUUCAGCCCAGUAGCACCCGCGCCCCCGAGAGAGCGAGCGCGUGCAGCCGCGCGCUUGAUGCAGACCUCCAUCCCAUAGUCAAAUCAGUCUUUGGACAGGACCGGAAGCGCAGCUACAAAGCAGUGCAAACAUGUGAUGAAGGGGUGACAUCUGGAGAGGCCCUCGCGGCCUUGGCUCAGAACUCAACUUACAUGCACAAUGUGCUCGGGCCUGCCUGCAUCUUCCUCCGCAAGGGCUUCGCUGAGAGCCGGAAGGCUAACAGAGAGCUGAGACCAGAGGAAAUGGAUGAGCUACGAGAAGCCUUCAAAGAGUUUGAUAAAGACAAAGACGGCUUCAUUGGCUGCAAAGACCUGGGGAACUGCAUGAGAACCAUGGGAUACAUGCCCACUGAGAUGGAGCUCAUCGAACUGAGUCAGCAGAUCAACAUGAACUUGGGAGGACAUGUGGACUUUGAGGACUUUGUGGAGUUGAUGGGCCCCAAACUUCUGGCUGAGACGGCAGAUAUGAUCGGAGUAAAGGAACUGAGAGAUGCUUUCAAAGAGUUUGACACCAACGGAGACGGUCAGAUCAGUACAGCAGAACUAAGAGAGGCCAUGAAGAAACUGCUGGGCCAACAGGUGGGUCACAGAGAUCUGGAGGACAUUCUUCGGGACAUCGAUUUAAACGGAGACGGGCACGUGGACUUUGAAGAAUUUGUGCGAAUGAUGUCUCGCUAGAGGAAAGGCGGACAAACCAUGUCAUAAACUGGAUCACCUGUGCUCCGGCAUAGAUAGAGGAGGAUGGAGGAGAGGAAAGAAAAGGAGGAAGCGGGAGCAUCCUCACAAGAGGAACUUCUGGAACAUGACCUCUGACCUCAAAGCACACAAGAAAGAACUGCACUAUUACCCUCCAUAACAGCUUUCCUGAAGCCCAGAAGCCAACAGUGGGAACGAGAGGAUGAAUCUAAUACUGUGAUCGCUGAAAUAUAUUUGUGUAACAGGUUUUUUUUUUUUACCCAAUAUAAAGCCUGCGAAGAAAGCAACCAAUCAAAACAGCAAAGUAUGAAAAAAUUCACUACUUUCAUUUACUGGCAUCUCACACCUACAUUGUUACAGUAUGGCGCAUCAGAUGAAUCGCAAUAACAUUGCUGUUUCAUAUUUAAGCUAUUUAUUAAUAUUUGUAAAAUAUAGAAAGAUGAGUGUGUGUAGUUUCCCUUUAAAAGACUCUUAAUAGCCUAUGAUAGAUUAUUACUCACAAAGAUUUUAUUUUAUAUAUCAAUGUACUGGGAAAUGCUGGAAACUUUGCUAUCAAUCAUUUGCUAUUAUUGUAAAAUACAUCAGACCUAUGCACUACUGUAUGCGUGGGCAUAUUUUUGAAAUGAAGAGAAAGAUUUGCCAUAAAGAAAACAUUACAUUGCCCUUGUUUGCACACUGUCUUGCAUGAAUGCUAGUGCUGAUACUAUUGAGUCAACACAGCCAAGUAGCCUACACUUGUGUGGUUCUGUCAUGUAUUUAAAUGUUGUAAGUUAACAGUCCAACAAGCAUCUUUGAUCUUAAUACAGUAUUUGAGACAUACUUUGUGUGAGUGAAUGUGUGUGAGAGAGAGAGGUUGGAUUGAUUUUCUUGUAUCUAUAUGUGAUUUCAAGUUUGUCUUACCUUAGUUAUUCUCUGCAUGCCAAAACAACUUUUUGUAGAGUGUAGAUUUCAUUAAAGAGUUGUGCAAUCAAACAGUUUCUGAUUUGAUCUUGUAUUCUUAAAACACCAAGACUAAUUUGUCAACAAUAAAGCAAUUGUAUUAUUGAGCCACAUAUCUACGACUUCCGG